CGAAUUUCUACACAUGCAAGUCGCAGUGGAAAGGGGCGUUGCGUUGCCGACUUCAGUUCUUUCUUUUUGUUCAAUAAUGUCGCUCUGUUCCCUCCAAUAUCUCUAUCUGACUCCCUGUAAAGCCCUUCUCCUUUUUCAGAUAAACAUUGGCGCUAUCAUGAUGGCUUCACCGCGCCAUCGCGUGCUCACUGCUCCAUUAUUUCCAUUCAAGGUUUCUGCGCACAGAUUUUAUGGACCCAAGGAGAUCAUUAACCUUGAGAACAAGCGGGUCUCUCGUAUCUCGCAGAUUGCAUCCUGUCUUCUUAAUGGAGAGCAAUCCCACAUCUUUCUCGGUCGCAAAUCCUCGUCCCUGAGUAUAUCUCCAGAUGCCGACCAUGAUUCUGCGGGCGCUCUUGUUGUUAUGUGGCUUGUCCACCAUUGUCCUGGCACAAGUGCAAUACAUGGGGAUGAACAUAGCUGGAUUUGACUUUGGCUGUGCGACCAAUGGAACCUGCAAUUUCACGACAAUGUUGCCGCCGUUGACGUCUUUGGGAGGUUCGGAUGGAGCUGCGCAGAUGCAGCAUUUUCGAGAUGACGAUAUAUUCAAUACCUUCAGACUACCUGUCUCUUGGCAAUAUCUCGUCGCCAACGAUAUGGGAGGCACCCUCGACGCAACGAACUUUGGCAAGUACGACAAGUUGGUGCAGACAUGUCUUGCCACAGGAGCAUAUUGUGUGAUUGAUAUACACAAUUAUGCACGAUGGAACGAUCUUGUUAUCGGACAAAGUGCUGGGGCUCCUACCAACGAGCAAUUCGCAGAUCUAUGGUCACAGCUCGCCACGAAAUACAAAGACGAUGCAAAGAUUGUCUUCGGACUCAUGAAUGAGCCACACGAUCUUGACAUCGUAGCUUGGGCUGCCACUGUGCAAGCAGCAGUGACCGCGAUUCGACAAGCUGGGGCUACAACUCAGAUGAUUCUGCUGCCGGGCACAAAUUUCACUUGUGCCGUUACGUUCACGAGUACUGGAAGUGCAAGUGCGUUGAUGGGGGUGACAAAUCUGGAUAAUUCGACAACGGGGCUGGUGUUUGAUGUUCAUCAGUAUUUGGAUUCGGAUAACUCUGGUACACAUUCGACGUGUUCCGUAAACACGACUGCGGGUUUCGAAGAUUUGGCAACUUGGCUCAGGUCGAAUGGCAGGCAGGCAAUUGUAGCAGAGACGGGAGCUGGAAGUGACCCUUCGUGUUUGGUUUACUUCUGUGCCCAAAACACGGUCAUUCAAGAGAAUUCCGAUGUCUUCAUCGGCUUCAUCGGAUGGGCAGCAGGUUCAUUUGCCGCUGAUUACGUCCUUUCCAUGACACCCUCCGAAGCUACAAACGGCAAGUGGACCGACAACACUCUCGUGUCAGAAUGUGUGAUUGCACCUUGGCUGGUAAACAAUACAGUGAUCGCAGCAGAGUACUCGAGUGCUCUGACGGCAAUACCAACAGCAACGAGCUCAAGUGCCAGCCCGACAAGUACGAAGAAGGGCGAUGCGGGAAGCUUGAGAGUACGAAGAAAGGAUGUGGAAGUUGUUGUAGGGAUUUUAGUAAUGAUUAAUAUAGUAAUAUGAUACCUUCCUGAG